UGAGCUGAGGACAGGAAGCUAGGAAAUGUUUGACUAAGAUCACUCUGGCUUCCCUGCAUCUGAGACCCUUCCCCUUCCCUGAGAGAUGGGAUCCCCUCCCUAUCCUUGGAACUGAGAUCCCCCUGCCUUCCUUCCAGCUACGAUCCCCCUGCCCUCCGUGAAGCUGAGAUCCCUCUGCUUUCCCUCCAUUCUCUGGGUGCUGGGAUCCCCUCUCCUCCCCGCAGCUAAGAUUUCCGUGCCUUCCUUGAAUCUGAGGUCCCCUGCCUUCCUUGCAGCUAUGGUCCCCUUGCCUCCCUUGAAGCUGAGACCACUCCCCUGCAUCAGAGAUCCUUCUCCUUCCCAGGCCUGAGAUCAUCCUCCCUCGCCUGCAGCUGAGCUCUCUCUGCCUUCUGGAAGCCCGCUCUGUGCUCGCAGGUCCCAGGUGAGAGUCUCUCUCCUGAGAUCAGGACCAGGGCCUUUCUUACUGCUGUGGGGCCUCACCCUCUGGACAUCCUGGUAGGUCAGCCUCCUGCAUGGAAAGAGACUAGAGAUCCCUCUCUGGGAUCCUUCUUCCCUAGGUCAGUCUGCAGAAGACCAAAGCCUGGCCCAAUCAGGGAGUCUGGAGCCAGAGGGAAUGGCCCCUGGGAGCCCCAGCCCCCCAGCCCAGGACUUGGUGACAUUCAGGGAUGUGGCUGUGGACUUCACCCAGGAGGAGUGGGGCCUCUUGCACCUUCCUCAGAAGCAAUUGUACAGGGAGGUCAUGGUGGAGAAUGCCCGGAACCUGCUGUCCCUGGGUGUUCCAGUUCCCAGAGACGAUGUGGUCUCUUACUUUAAGCAAAAGCAAGUACCCUGGGUGCUGGACCAAGAAGGCCUGAGGAGCUGCUCUCUAGAAAGUGAGAUGAGACUUGAAAUGAAGGAAAGUACUCAGAAGCAAACCGUCACUUGGAGAGAAAUCUGUGCUACACACGAGAAAAUACACAUUGGAGAAAAACCUUAUGAAUGUAACCAGUGUGGAAAAACUUUUAGAGAUAAGGCAAAUCUUACUGUACAUCAGAGAACCCACACUGGGGAGAAGCCGUAUGAAUGUAAGCAAUGUGGAAAGGCCUUUCCAACAAAACAAUCUCUCACUUUUCAUCAGAGAAUCCACACUGGGGAGAAACCUUAUGAAUGUAACCAAUGUGGAAAGACUUGUAGAUAUAAGCAAAAUCUUAUUAAACAUCAGAGAAUCCACACUGGAGAAAAAACUUAUAAAUGUAACCAGUGUGGAAAGGCUUUUAGACAGAAGGGACAUCUUACUGUACAUCAGAGAAUCCACACUGAUGAAAAACCUUAUGAAUGUAACCAAUGUGGAAAGGCUUUUAUAAAAAGAGAAUCUCUUACUGUACAUCAGAGAAUCCACACUGGAGAGAAACCUUAUGAGUGUAACCAUUGUGGAAAGACUUGUAGGUAUAAGCAAAACCUUAUUAAACAUCAGAUGAUCCACACUGGAGAGAAAACUUAUGAAUGUAACCAAUGUGGAAAGGCUUUUAGACAGAAGGGACAUCUUACUAUACAUCAAAGAAUCCACACUGACCAGAAACCUUAUGAAUGUAACCAAUGUGGAAAGGCUUUUAGACAAAAGGGAGAUCUUACUGUACAUCAAAGAAUCCACUGUGGAGAAAAGCCUUAUGAAUGUAACCAAUGUGGAAAGGCUUUUAGAAAAAGGAGAUAUCUUACUUCACAUCAGAGAAUCCACACUGGAGAGAAACCUUAUGAAUGUAAGCAAUGUGGGAAGGGUUUUAGACAAAAGGGACAUCUUACUGUACAUCAGAAAAUCCACAAUGGAAAGAAACCUUAUGAAUGUAAUUAAUAUGGAAAAAGCUCAUAAAAACCUGAUUGGUUCUCACCAGAUGUGUGAGGAAAUGUUAAGGCAUCAGAAUAAGGAAGAAAUUGGAUUUGGGAGAGAUCAUUGGCAGAAGAUGGUUGUGUGACUACCUUCCAUAGUUAGCCUUCUCUAACUUUAACCCUCUGGGGAGGAUGAGGAAGGUUAAGUAAACGGUGACUAGGGAUAGGAGAUAGCUUCAGAAGCAUAGUGGAUCCUUCUUUCCCUCCUGGUCCCCUACUUGAAAGGCAGUACAGUGGGAUUGAAAGAUCAGUAGAUCAGGACUCAGAACAAGGGUUGAAAUUCUUGGUUCUGAACCCCUGUGGCCUUGUGAACUUACUUUAACUCCACAAGUUUUCAUUCUUUUAGAUAGGGUUGGGAUCUCUUCCAGCUCUUACUGCUUUGAGAACCCAAAUUGCAGCUUGAAGAUGAACUCCACUCAUUGCUGCUUCUUGCUGGAUCCUCAGCUUCAGAUUCAACCCAAUAAUUCAUAGACUUACCAAAUUUUCUGGCUAUGAUUGGCAGUUUGAAGAGGUAGAAAGACAUGAGAAAUUUUAAAACUACAUCCUGAGAAGUCUGUCUUCCUAGCAAGUUGGCUUCUUACUGCAGUAAACCCAUCCUUUGCCACAAACCUCUAGCCUGUAUUCACUGGGAUUUGCGAAUUCUUUCACAAAACCUGCCACCAGCCAAGGAGAUGGCCUUGCUAUUAGGGGAUCUCUUACCCUCCAUUCUUGCAUCUCAUCAUUUGCCCUUCAUCAAUCCCCUGCCUGUUCCUGGCUCAUUUACUGCCUUCCAGUAUGACACUAAACUGUUUGACUAUUGCAUCCCAGGUCUUACUCAUGCUGACCUUGUGGCAGGUCUAUUCAAAGCCUCAGUUCCUUUUUUUCAGAAUAAUUUGGGUAUCUUUCCCUGCCCUGGAAUAAAUUUGUGUAUAAAUUUACAAAAGUAAAUGCAUCUUUUUUUUUUCGUUCUUAGUUUUAUUUUGAUUCGUUUUUCAAUUGACAGGCAUUCCUUGUCUGUCCCUAACAGUCUUCAUCCAGUGGAGAAAAACAGGAAAGGAAAAGGGAACUCUUGUAACAUAUAUGCAGAGUAAACCAAAAGAAAUUCUCACAUCAGCCAUGUUUUAAAAUGGAUGUCUCAUUCUGCAUCAUCCUUGGUCCACUAGAAUCCUUCACUGUUCAUUGGAGUGAUCGGACCUCUUGCCUCUUCCAAAGUUCUUUGCCUUUCAGAUGUUUUGGUUAUGGUAUAAAUGGUCUUUCAAGAUUUAUUCCCUUCUCUUACAUCAGUUUAUACAAGUCUCUGCAAUAGACAUUGACCUUCAUUUUCUGAUAUUAGGCCCAGGUCUCUUCCCUGGAGGAUUCUUUAUAAUCCUGACUGUCAUCCAAUUAUUCAUUCUCUCCCAGCUUUGCUUUGUCAGAAAUAUAGUUGAGUACUCUCUCUGCCUUCAUGAUCAAGUCAUUGGAAAAAUCUUAAACAGCCCAGGAGCAAGCACCCAGCCCUCAUCUCUCCCAGAGACCUCUUAGUAAACGACUAAAAACUACUCUUUGCACCUGCCCAGCCACAUAACCCGACUCCAUCACCGAGGGCUGCCUCCAGCACUAGAACCAAGCAUCCUCCCUGCUUGUGACUACCUGCAGCCCCCAAGCUGCCAGCCUCUCUUUGGUCCUUCUCUGGCAGCUUCUCACUGCUAGACUUGGGUCUUUCCCACUUGGUGUGGCUCCCAAUGGCUGAAAUCCCUGUCAGGAGGUUGAAAGCCAGGUAGGUGAGGGUGAGUGCUCAUUCAAGGACUGGGUCCAAAAACAUCACCUUGUGUGUGUCUAGGAACUUAUUCCACUGACCAUGACACAGCCUUGUGGGGUCCCCACCGAUGAAAGCCCCCGCGAGAAGGUAACAGUCCCAGCAGGCACCUAGUGACCAGUUCGUGGCCUUGCUUGUUCAGGCCGGUAUCCUAGAACAUAAGCCUUGCAUACAAGAUCGAAAAGGAGCUUCAGUCCUGAGCCUAAAUCAAAACUUCAGCCAAAACCGCAUUAAUGUAUGCAAAGAGGCUCUCUAACUCCUCCUUCUGUCAGAUUUCUGUAAUUACCAUAGAACUUAUUUGGGGGUUUUUCUGGCCAUUCACUCAAUUAUCUGGCAGCCACCCCAUACUGUGUCCCAGUGAAAGUACCCCAUUUGAUUAUUAAAGGACUUGUAUAAUCAUAAUAGAGCUUCUGACCUCCUUUUUCAGGAUCAGUGAGCUCCUCUUGAUGGAAGGCUGUCCCUUGGUUUGGGGGAGGCUCCAGAUUUCCUUGGAAGGCCAAGCGAGGUGCUAGAUCCUUUAAACGGUUCAAGGGUACUAUACCAAUAAGGGCAGAUGGGUUCUCCUAAAACCCCUGUAGUUGUAGGUCAUUAACACUUAAAGGAAUUACAAAUUAGCCUAUACUGAGACAGAUGUUGCUUGUGAAUUGGGAAUGAAAUAAAUGGGAGGAAAAAA